AAAUUCUAAAAGAAUUCCUCCUUAUUCCGGUAAAACAUCGUUAACCCAACUUAAGGAGAUUAUCGGUGUAAAUUGGGCCGAGUGGAUAAAACAAUGCCGACAAAUUCUAACGAUUUUGAUACUAGACGAAAUUCAAAUGAUAUUCAAACAAGAGCGUGGUAUUGACGAAAGUAGUGAAACGGUGCGGAUGUAUUCUGGAAAACUGACUUUCGACUCCUGUCGAGAUACCACCAUAGAUCUUGUGGAUAUCAAAUUCAUCGUCGAGGAGUCAAAAGGAUGUGUUGAAAGGUACUGCAGAAAACACUUCCGAUUAGCCCUCAGGACAUCUCAGACUUUAGUCGAUAUAUUCAAAAACGACAGAGGGACAUGUGGGUUUGGUUUUUCACAUAUUGCGAUAUACAAAAAACGAAAUGGAGCGACGGAUUCGGGAAAAUGUGUUGAUUUUCAAAGACAUUUUUACGUUCAUGAAUUCAUGUGUACGACGAUUGAUCGAUGCUGUGCUUCACCCAAAGUCAAAAGUCUUUCUCCUGAACAAUUGCAAAUAUGCCAAAUGGCUUACACAAAUAAGGAGAUGUCUUUCAAUCCUGACAAUAUCAGCAUUCAGCGUUUAGUCAAGUCUGGAAUUCUUGUGGUUGAUGGUGAACAUCUAUUUUUUUCGGCACCUCUUAUGAAACGAUCAUUUUUCCAGCAACAAUGUGCAAUCGACAAAAUGGAAAAAUUUCAGAGAGACGCUUGGAUUUGGAGCCGAUGGACGCCUUUUAGAAGCUUUUUAAGAGAUAGUAGGGAUAUGGCCGAGCAUAGUAGGAGGUUUGAAACUGCAGGAGAAAAUGAAGAGAUUGUUAGAUAUGCAAAGAGUAUAGCUAUUAUUGAUAUUCGCAGUGAAUCAAAAAAGAUUCGAAAACUGCAUAAGGAUUUCAUACACGUAUCAUGCUUCGAAGAUUAUGUCACGUUCAAGAUAGAAUGUUUGGACAAAGAACCUUUGAUCGUUAAGAUUCAAGAUUAG